GGCGGCUUCGCUGCGGUAGUGAGGAGUGACACUGAGGCAUUCUGGUCUUGCGAAACAAAUAAGAGCCGGCGCCUUAUGCGCAUAAUGCAUCCAUAAACCAGCGAUUGUUUUCAUCUCUGAAGAAAGGAAAGUACCAGCGUUCAUUCGCUUUCCUCCGACGGUCCGUCACUUUUAAGCAGAACGGUUUCCUGCGCUUCGCAUUACGAAAAUGAUCGCACGAGGAUGCGCUGCUCUCGUGGUGCUGGUGAAUUUUGUCUUCUCUGUACCUGUCUCUCCAGGUCACAUGGAUGAUAAGGAUGUGAAGGUGAUGAAGUGUAUCGUGGAAGUGAUUGCAGAUGCCCUGUCUAAGCCUCAUCCCAUCCCAAUCUCCCAGGACUGCCUUGAGACCCUCAGCGCUGAUGACAGGCUUGUGAGCAUCCUGCGCCACCGCAACUUUCUCCGAGAGAUGCAAGAUAUCGCUGCGGAGGGAGCCAGUGAAAGAACACAGGACCCACACCCAGGAGAUGCACCUGAACAUGUGACUAGCCUCUCUAGAGACACAAUGAAAACUGCAGAUGAUCAGUCAAUGUUGGAUGCCUUGGAUAAACCAGAAGAAGAUGCAGAGAAGAGAGGAGCAGGAGAAGAGAGUGAGGAGGCAGAGAGGAAGUCUCAAAAACCCAACCAGAUUGCUGAGGAAGAGGAGCGUGAAGAUCAUGAGAGUCCUAGCAAUCACAUUUCCAACUCCAUGAACCCAGAGCAGAAGAGAGAGUCACAGGGGGAGGCCACAAAAAGGGAAGAGGAGAAACAAGAGGAGAAGAAACACUCCAGCUUGGAAAAGGAAAAAGAAAGUGAUCCGGCUCACCAUAAAGAUGGGGAAACGGAUGAUCAUAAAGUGAAUCAAGAUGUAAAACAAUCCGUCAUGGAGGACAGCGAGGAGCGCAAGGGAGCUGAAACAGAGGGAACACAUUCAAAAGAAGAGCUGGAAGAAGAGGAGGAGAAGAAAAGAGAGGUGGGAGUGAAGCGCUGGAGUCGUGUGAGCAAACUGUCCCACAAGAGAGUAGAGGCUAACCCAAACUUGGAUGAGCACCGGGAAGCACCACACCACUCGAAGGAGAGAGAAGAUGAAGAGGGGGAGCUGUGGAGGAGUCCUGAGGAGCAGGAGCUGCAGCUCAUGGCACAAACUCAACCCCAGGACAAACCAGAUGAAGAGGGCAGCGGCAGCAGGAAGACAGGGGAUGCUGAGAUCGAAAGUCUGGCUGCCAUCGAGUCUGAACUGGAGAGUGUGGCUCAGAAGCUCCAUGAUCUGAGACGAGGCUGAGCUGCUCCAGCUCUUCUUCUCUUUCCAAUUUGCCCUUCAUCUCUCUGUCAGUAGAAAGGCAUGUUAACUGGAGAUGAGGCUCUCACCCUCUUGCUCAGUCCACAGCAGCGCAAGCUCUUAUCUCAGCGCCGCAGAUCCUCUGCUGUUUCCCUCCGUGUGUAAAAUCAAACCUUGGAAACUUCUCUGGUGUCAGACAUUCAGAGGUCCCUUCACGUUUUUCUCCUAGCUCCUUCGCUUUGCUUUAUCGUGCUUGCUUCCUGAAGAAAUUUGGGCAUUGAGUACAUGUUUAAUGUCAAAUAUUUGCUACCCAGAAUUAAUCACACUGGGUUGAAAUUUUAAUAUCAAGGAUAUAUAUCUGAUAUAUUGUACCUGAUAUUAUGGAGUCUUACGAUCCAUAGGCAAUAAUGUUUUUAUUAGAUAUGGUGACGACUGUAAUUAAAUGCUUUUUGGGUUUGAUGAAAACAAAUAAAGAUCAAAAAGAAGUGUGUCAAAAUGAUUCCACAAAGUUUGAGUCUGAACUAAACCUCAAUGAGACCCAAAACUGACAAACAAUCAGUCGAAGAAUUCUCUGUGUUAAAGUUUGAUUUUAUUGUCCUUCAUUCUUCUAUUAUUUUAUUUUAGAGGCUUAUUUUGUGUCACAAAAGAAAAAAAUUACCAUAUUUACAAACUAUACAUCAUGUACAAGUAUAAUGUGUUGGAGAUAAAACAGACUAACAAACUAAUACAUUGUCAAAAUAGCAAACUCAAUACAUUUGUCAAUCAUAUUUCAGGAAAAGUUCACCCUAAAAUGCUAAUUCUGUCAUCAUUUACUCACCCUCAUGUCAUUCAAAACCUGUAUGAAUUUAGUUUGUAAAUAAAAUGAAAGUGCUCAGGGAAGGGUUCAGUGUUGUUUUAACCCCAGGGACUUUCAUUGUCAACAAAAUCAGUUGGAACAUUUCUGAAAAUAUCUUCUUUUGUGUUCUAACGAAGAAAGAGAAUCAUGAUGACUGAAUUACUUUUUUUGGGGUAACUUUUUUGGUGAAGUCUGUUAAUUUUCUGUUUGCAAUCAAUGCAUUACCCCUAUACAAUCUCACAGCACCUGCCAGUGUGGAAGGUUUUUACAGGCCCCUCAGAUAUGAAAUGAUUAAACUUU